AUGCGCAAUACACAGAGCCCCCACCCCGGACGAAGCCCCACCAGGGGGCAGCACGGACCAGGACCAAGACAGGGAGCCAGACCCGAAGCCCUUCCAAGAUCUUCUUCCCACUAUCACCACCCCCCACCCCCCCUCCAGAGAUCUAUUCCCUCCCCUACAAUAACAAUCAAGCUACUCACCACACAAGCGACAGAAGACAUCCAGGCCGAGAUCAUUCCUACUCCCCCUCCCUCCACUUCCCCCAUUUACAGAGUGCAAACCUGUGAGGGGCCCAACAGGCCCCGAGGCACCCCGGCACAACAGAGGCCGUGGCAGCAGGGGCAGACAGCCGGGCGUACACCGGCCCAGACCCCAAACAGCACUCCCCACAGAACCCGAACCCCUGAAACCCCACCGGGGCCCCUGCCCAAGGGCAACGCGCCCCAGGGAUUCCAGACCCCAGGACCCACCCCAGACCCACCCAGCAGUAGGGCCGAGCAAUGCCCAAAAAACCCCUGGCACCAGCACCCCCACCCCGGCACCGGCCCCCGAAUGACUACCCCCCGACACCGGUCCCACAACACCAAUCCGAAGAAGAAGAAAGCCACACAACACAGCAGAGCGCAAAUCCCGAGCCCCACUCCAAGCACCGAUUCCGCCGCUAACUGCCUGCCCUCCCAGGAGACAAGCAAGGCCACCGAACAGGAACCCCUCCGACAGCGCACCACCGGCAUGCGGGGGCCCGAGCGGCCCCAACAGAAAAUGCGGGAGCCCGAGCGGCCCCAACAGAAACAACACCGGAAGGCCGAUAUGGACGAACCGACGGCACCAACCAAGCCCCCAGGCGGAUUACCCCACCCAAAAACACAACAAAACCACUCCACCCCCACCGACCACAGCAAACACAGCUGCAAG